CCACACACAUGUUGUUGGAGUCUAGGUCCACCGGAAAGUUGAAACUGUACUACUAUUUCUGUAUCACGCCGCGGUCCUUGCCGAUUUUUACGUUUUACGAUCCCGGGCCAUGUCGGUCAAACUUUCACUGGAGCGUAUUCGCCUCCUUGCAGCACACCUUCCUCCAUAUUCACGUCCCACUGUCCAUGUCGCUGGCACAAAUGGCAAAGGAAGCGUCACCUGCAUAUUAUCAUCCAUUUUCCUUGCGUCGGGUCUUACUGUUGGUCGAUUCAACAGCCCUCAUCUAGUAUCCGUCCAAGACUCCAUUUUGAUCAAUGAUCAGAGUGUAUCACUAAAGGAAUACAGUAUUUCACGUGCAGCUGUUGAGAGCGCGGACCAAGCCCAUGGCACAGAAGUUAGCAGUUUCGAAAUGCUGACGCUCGUUGCACUGCAGGUCUUCGAGAAGCUUAGAGUGGAUAUUGUGGUCAUUGAAGUGGGCAUGGGUGGUCGCCUGGACGCAACCAAUUACAUACCAGAUGAAUCUAUACUCCUCUCUGCUCUCACGACAGUCGACCUUGAUCAUCAAUCAUUCCUCGGAAAUACCGUAGAACUCAUUGCAAAGGAGAAGGCAAGCAUUGCGAGGAAGAACAAGCCUUUUGUCCUAGGCAUUCAGAAAUACGCUGCUGUCGAGAAUGUUGUGCGAUCUGUCGUUGAACAGACCGGCGCUCACUUCAUAGCAACUCACCCUGCGCAGCGACGAGCGUGGGACGAUACCAUAGAUGGUCCAUUGCCGCCUACAUUCUCGCUGGAUGCGGAAUCAUUCAGGCCUCCGCCUGCUCAACCUAUUAUAUUCACCAGUUCAGCUUUCCCGAACAGCUUACCCGCACUUCUAUAUUUGAAUGGAAGCCAUCAAGUGGAGAACUUGAGUCUCGUAUUGACUGUCAUAUCCACACUUAUGACGCACCCAUCGUGUGCAUCGAGGAUGCCAAGCGGUUUUAGCGAGCGCGUCUUGGAAAACAUAAAGACAGGCAUUAAAAAAGCGACUUGGCGAGGUCGCCUGUCAUUCCAUCAUCUCACAGCUUCCUCAUCUAAUCCCCGCGCGAUCACUGUCCUUGUCGAUGGUGCACACAAUCAUGCGUCAUCAGAAACCCUCGCUUCAUAUGUCUCCAACCUCGUUACAAUGUUGGACGGAAAUCCAAAAGCGCGGAUAUUACGAUUGACUUAUAUCCUCGGCCUAUCCCAUUCUCCCCCCAAAACGCCGAAGGAUACCCUAUCUCCGCUCUUCGCCUCUCGAAGUAGCAAACAGCUUUCAAUACGAACGAAAGUUGCCGCAGUACGAUUCACCUCGCCGGAAGGCAUGCCUUGGGUGAAAUCUGUACCGCCGUCUGAGAUCGCCGCUGUCGUGCGUGAGUCUGUAUCCGGUGUAGGGUUGUGGGUUGCGUCCGACGAAGGCAAGAUUCAGGGACAACUUGAGAGUGCAUUGAAAUGGGCGACCGCGGAAGGAACAGAAGGAGAAGAUGGGGUACAAGAGCUAGUGAUUGUCGCGGGGAGUCUAUACCUCGUGGCGGAUUUCUAUCGUCUUCUUGCGAUGCAAGAGGUGAACCCCAGUUGACAAGGGGGAACUGGUCGGACCGAAAUUGGUACAAUUGUUUCGAAUAUUGUUGUUUUUCUGGUCCAAUGAUUGGUGGCGUACUCAGAAAGCUUGUCAUAAUUGGGGUUGUGGCACUACGCGGGGUCUUUUGUUGUUAGGGACGGGUGAAGUUUUGAAGGAUUCGAUUAUUGCUAGUGACGUGUAUAACAAGCCUCGAACAGCCUAUGUAGGAGUACUUGCAGUCGGUGUGGAAUGUACAACCCAUGUGCUUGCUGAUAUCAGCGUAUAAGACAGGUUACGGCUGCCUCUUCUUACCCUCUUCUACCUCGUGGAGCUGUU